GCACAGGAGCGAGUGUAAUGGAUCGAGAGAUGGGGCUGGUCAGUUGUGUAGAAUAUUUGAAAUUUUCUCGCCGGGUAGCCGCUAACGUAGGUUGUUGAACUUUUUCGGUGCUAUUUCAAACGAAUGUGGCGGUUUACAGGCUCCGCACGUGACGGUUGACACCAACUGUUGUAGGAAUUGGCGUGGUUUGUUUGCAAACAUUCGUGUACUGGACAAGGUGUCUAGCGAUGCAACUUCCGUUACUGGGCUGGAUGUUUGGACUACAUGGCUUGGUUUUGGCAGGGCUGAAGAAGCCGGAUGCGUUCUUAGAUUGAUGUUAUAAAACCGUGAGAAACGAGAGUGAUGAAGUUAGUUGUUUGCCUGCUAGGUGAUGAAACAAGUGACUUCACAAGGAGUGGAUUAUAUUUAGUGCAGUAAGUGGUUGGUAGCAGUGAGGGUUUCCGUGCACUUCUUCAAAUGACGCAAUCGAGGCUGAUCGUGUGCUGGGUGUUUGUGGUUGGCUUGAUUAUAGAACAUAACAAUUAUGGCAAGGUUUCAGCAUUUCUUCCACUACUUGGAAUGAAGCCUUUUGGACGCAGUCGUGGUCCACUUGGAGGGCCCAGACCGUUUGCAAGGAGAGGUAUGCCUUUUCUCAGGGCCAGCAAUCCAUUCGCUGAUAGCGACGACAAAAAAGUAGAACAAAAAACAGAUGAAGUUGUGCAUUCAUCUAACCAUGUUGAAGACAUCAUUAUACCUGAAUUAUUGUCAACUGUAAUAGGUUACUUCAACGCAGAUGGGACAAUAGAGAAGUUCGCUACUGUUGAAAAGAUACCGGAGAAGUCGAGACGAAAACGAUCCAUAGAUUCUCCUUCUGGUUAUUUAAUUGAUUCACUCGAGAACACAGACAAUGAUAACGUGAAGCUUUAUGAUCCACAUGCCGAAGUCUACCCGUUGAAAUAUGUUAGAGCUGUACAAGUUCCGCGAAGUAUACGCGAAGCUUCGAGAGUAUCUCAUCGACUACGCCUUGGAGCUCCUGCAAACAGGUAUGCCACAUUCAUCCCACAUGAAAAAUCUGUAGACAGUUCCAACGAUAGAAGCUUGCGAAGAAUCUUGAGGGAUUAUGCGUGGUCUCAGUACGUUCCACGCCCCCGAGACGAAGAUGAUCUUGUGGCGGCGGAAACCAUUCCACAGGAUGUUCAGGAUAUUCGUAAUCAGAUCAGCCAAGCAAGUCCUCCGGAUGGAACUCUAAACUUUUUGGCUGCGCUGAACGAAUUUCUCGCAGAAAAUACAGCGCCUCAAACUGGGCCGAAUCAAGUAUCCAGCAUUCACGUAGUCUCAGAUAACGGUACGGUUGCUCCUGAGCCCGUUGAAACGCAAAACAAAACUGAUAAAGCCGCUCCCGGCACAGUCAUCAACUACAAUUUCUUCCAAUUUGGCUGCUGUCGUGACAAUAACCUUAAAGACGGUGCAAACCCAGCUUGUAUAGAAUUGCUGAGUCAAAUACCUCAUCGAAUAGACAAACGAAAAGGUGUCCAUGAAUUUGAACUUGUUAUGGAUGGUACCGCAAUGGAGAAUCCGAUUUUCGCCGACGACUAUCCGACAAGAAAAUUGUUAAAGCCGAUUCGUAAUAAGAGAAGCGGUCGGAAGCUCAAGGUUUGGAAGCUUCAUCAAAUACUUGAUUCUGAUGAACUUUUGGUGUCAGAAUCGCAACACAAACCAGAUAUGGCAAAUGUGCCGAGUGAAGUCAAUGAAGAUUCUGCAAGGCCUCGUGACCCACGUCACUCCAGAGAUUCCGGUAGAUAUCGUCCAAAUCGUGGAGAUCAGUCACCAAUGCGGAUCCCCAAUCCAUUAGAAGCUCUAGUGCCUGUCAAAAGAACACAACUACAAGCCCCCGAAGACCAGGCAGUAGAUUCAAAAGGACGAAGAAUCAGGCCCAAACUAACUCCGCGGAUAAAAGGACGUCGUGCUGAUGAACUUCCCGCCACCACUACGACAACAGAACAACCCAAGACAACGACAUCUACGGCAGCGCCAACGACAACUCCGCAGGAAACAACCACACGAAAAAGAUUUCGCCUCCGGCCACGCCAGAAAAAAAGCAUCGAAAAUGAGGCGUAUUAUCGCUCAGACUCUGUAGACGCAUCUUCCGAGGCACAUCAUCCUAAAUUACAAACAUCAUUUGGGAAGCAGUUCAAGAGAGGUAAAACGGCUAAGAAGCUAUCGAAAAAGCCACUGAAUACCGCUCAACAAAUGCAGCUCAUAGAUACUAGAAACAGUGAGGAUAAAUGGGAGAAGAUCUUCGCAUUGACCACUCCGCGGACUAUGCCAAGGCGAAGUAUUAAUAACCCGAUAGCAAAAUCUUCUAAACGAGACUCGCGCUGGCGCCUGAAACGGGCUCAACAGUUCAGGCAACGACGCUUCAAAAAUGGACAUCCAUCUGAGGACCAAUUAGGACGGCAACCGAUAAACAUAUUCACAUCUCCGACCCCCAGACCACGACCUGCAAGUAGGGUGGAACGAUUUGGAAGAAUUAACCCCAUUUCUGCGGAACCUUCGCUUCCAGUUAGCUACAAUGUACCCAUCGAAUAUAUUCCACCAGCACCACCAGCGCCCCCACCGGCCCCACAACCAAGUCCAGCAUUGCCAUCGGUAGCCGAUGAGCGCCGGCAACGCAAAAUGCGGCCCGUCAGUCGACAACCCAGUAGACCGCGGUUGGGAUCAAGCUCGGCUGAGAUUAUGAAAAUGGGUCCACCACGGGAACCCAUUGUGCAACCAAUUGUACAACCACAAACUGGCAUCCCACCAGCAAUGCAGGAUUUCAUUGUUCGGAAGGUAAAAGAACAUUGCGAAACAUGCAACCCCAAUGAGGUUAUCAAAAACCCACAAAGUAGAAGCGCUUCACCUGCCCGAUAUUAUUCGUCUUAUAAAAAUAAAAGCCCUCAGAGUGUCCGGGCACCGCGGACUCAACCAGUAGCGCCACCUUCAGGAUUGCUCGGAAUGAAUCCACUGCGAUCCAUAUUCCAGAUGGAAAUCUUUAAACCCUGGAGAAAUUUACUGAAUGGCAAAACUCCAAAAUCGUAGGAUUUUAACUCCUUGCCCAGUCAGGAAUGCCAUCUGUAAGCCGUAGUUCUCGUUGAAUAUUCUCUCGUAUUGUGAUUCUUAUCGUUGGAACUGUCGAAAUAAACUACA